GGCUAUUCUCCGCGUGACGGAAGCAUUACAAAAUGGCGGCGUACUCGGACGAUUCGGAGUCGCUCCAAACGUUUCGUCAUAUUUAUAGCUGUGACUUGGACACCAAUUUCAAAAUUAAAGUUGGCACCCUGGAGGGCAAGCGGGACAAGCCGAGCUACCGGGCGCUCAUGAACGAUCCGAUGCUGAAGCACUCCGGGCUGUACGACGACCACUGCUCUGACCUGGUCGUCUCGUGCCAGGUGUUCUCCGGGGGCAAGCCCCUGGCCCUGCCCGUCCAGACUUCCUACAAGCCCUUCACCACCCGUUGGAAUUGGAACGAGUGGCUCACCCUACCAAUGAAGUUCAGCGACCUUCCUCGCAACGCCGUGCUGGCCCUGACUGUCUGGGACGUGUACGGUCCUCGUAAAAGCAUGCCCGUUGGGGGCACCACCGUUUCCGUUUUUGGGAAGUACGGGGCCAUGCGUCAAGGCAUGCACGACCUCCGCCUGUGGCUGGACGUGGAAGCAGACGGUAGCAGCAAGACGCAGACGCCCGGAAAGGUGUACGGCAGCCGGGACCAGAUGAGCAGGCUGGUCAAGCUGAGCAAGAAGCAUCGCAACGGCCGCCUGCUCAAAGUGGACUGGCUGGACCGGCUGACCUUCCGGGAGAUUGAGCUAGUGAACAACAGCGAGAAGUGCAGCUCCAACCAGAUGUUCCUCAUGGUGGAGUUCCCCAGGGUGGUCUUCAGGGACCUCGAGUACACCGUCGUCUACUUCGAGAAGGACGGCGACGACGCCUGCCAGAAUGCUCCGCGGGCCGACAUUGUCACCAUUCCGGAUCCAGACGUCUCUCUCGAGAACUUGGUGGAGGGCAAACACCACAAGCUGUCGCGCAGUCUUCGCUCUGGCCUGACCGAUAAGGACCUGAAGCCAAAUGCUGCAACCAGGGACCAGCUCAAUGUGAUUGUGAACUACCCAUCCACCAAAGCACUGACGUCUGAAGAGCAAGACUUGGUUUGGAAGUUCCGCUUCUACCUCCAGAGCCAGAAGAAGGCCCUGGCCAAGUUUGUGAAGUGCGUCAACUGGAAGUCUGGGCCCGAAGCCCGCCAGGCCCUGGAGCUCCUCCGCUCCUGGCAGCCCAUGGAUGUGGAGGACGCCCUGGAGCUCCUGGGACCCCAGUUUGGGCACCCCGCCGUGCGGCGCUACGCCGUGGCCCGGCUGCGGCAGGCGGACGCGGACGACCUGCUGCUCUACCUGCUCCAGCUGGUGCAGGCGCUCAAGUACGAGCGGCUGGAGGACCUGCUGGCGGGAAUGGAGGCUGCCGCCGAGCUGCAGCAGCCGGCCGGAGGGCCCCUGCCCGGCGAAAGAGGGGACAGGGGCAGCUUUGUCGGCUCCGCCGAAGUGGUGGAUCACCAGCAGCGGAGCGACUCCUUCUCGUCGGACCAGUUGAGGAAAUCCUCCAUCUCGACGGGAGUGGUAGGAGCCGAGGACCCCUUCGGAGAUCCCGAGGCUCCGCCGUCCAUCUCCGUCACCGGACAGUCCGAGUGCGACUUGGCCACCUUCCUGAUUACGAGGGCUUGUUCCAGCGACACCCUAGCCAACUAUUUCUACUGGUACCUGUAUGUGGAGAGUGAAGACCAGGACAAUGUGGUGAAGGACUCCAAGGUGAAGGAGAUGUACUUGGCAGUCAUGAAGAGGUUCAACCACUGCCUCCUCAAGGGUAACCGGGAGUACCGGCUGCGUCGUGCCAUGCUGAGCAAGCAGCAGACCUUUGUGAACCACCUCGUGAACCUCAUGAAGAUUGUGGCCAGAGAGAAUGGGAAUCGCCAAAAGAAGACGGAGAAGUUGCACGCGUUGCUGAUGGACCAAGAGUCGCACCAGCUGAUCCGCUUCCCUGAUCCGCUUCCGCUUCCGUUGGACCCGAGCGUCCGCGUGAAGGGGCUCCUUCCAGCCAAGGCGGCGCUCUUCAAGUCCGCCCUCAUGCCCUGCCGUCUGACGUUCGUCACCGAGGACGGGGACAGGGAAUACGUGGCCAUCUUCAAGCAUGGCGACGACCUGCGCCAGGACCAGCUCAUUCUUCAGACCAUCACUCUUAUGGACAAGUUGCUUAGGAAGGAGAACCUUGACCUGAAGUUGACCCCUUACUGUGUCCUGGCCACAAGCACGAAGCACGGGUUUGUCCAGUACAUCGAGUCUAUGUCCGUGGCAGACGUACUGAGGACCGAGGACACGAUCCAAAAGUUCUUCCGCAAGCAUGCCCCGUCCGACACCGGUCCGUACGGCAUUCUGCCCGAAGUAAUGGACACCUACGUCAAGUCGUGCGCGGGCUACUGCGUCAUCACAUACCUGCUCAGCGUGGGCGACCGGCACUUGGACAACUUGCUGCUCACCAAGACCGGAAAGCUGUUCCACAUCGACUUUGGCUACAUCUUGGGCCGCGACCCCAAGCCCCUGCCGCCGCCGAUGAAGCUCAGCAAGGAGAUGGUCGAAGCCAUGGGGGGCAUCAACGCGGACCACUACCAGGAAUUCCGGAAACAGUGCUACACGGCUUUCCUGCAUCUGCGCAGGCAUGCCAACCUCAUCCUGAACCUGUUCUCUCUCAUGGUUGACGCCAGCGUGCCCGACAUUGCGCUCGAACCGGACAAGACGGUCAAAAAGGUUCAGGACAAGUUCCGGCUGGACUUGACGGACGAAGAGGCGGUGCACUACAUGCAGAACCUGAUCGACGUCAGUGUCAGCGCUGUCAUGCCCGCGCUGGUGGAACAGAUUCACAAAAUCGCUCAGUACUGGAGGAGGUGACGGCGGCAUCCUAGGCACCGGACAAAAACGAGAAGACGCCACGGACGGAAGACCACCGACAUCCCCAAGGCGGCCGGCCCCGACCAGACGGGACUUCCAUAGUGCUCCCACCACAAAUGCCACGUUUGUACAUAAGCAUCUCGUCUGUACAAAAGAUUUCGGUCAAUACAGGAGGAAACGUUUUUAA